GCAAGGUGCUAGUGGCCAAGGUGGGGAGGCAAACAGGAGGCGGCGCUGGACCCACGUGCAGCAGCAUUGCACUACAGGGUGCAGGAUUCCAAUGCCUGUUUGUGUGCCUAGGAACGAAAACCACUGGCUGAAGGGCAGCAGCACCAGUUAAAAAGAAAACAAAGCAAACAAUUUGUCAUUCAAAGAAGUAAAAAAUGGCAUCAACAGCACACAUCUCAGAGGAAGAGAUGACAGACUUAAGAGAAGCUUUCAAUAAAGUCGACAUUGAUGGAAAUGGUUUCAUAAGCAGUUCUGAAUUAACAGAGCUGUUCAAAGCAGCCAAUCUGCCUCUGCCAGGAUAUAAAGUCAGAGAAAUCACUCAGAAUUUGAUGGCCACGGGAGAUCAAAACAAUGAUGGCAAAAUCAGCUUUGAUGAAUUUAUUGCAGUUUUCCAGGGCCUGAAGAGUACAGAUGUCGCUAAAACCUUUAGAAAAGCAAUCAAUAAAAAGGAGGGGAUUUGUGCUAUCGGUGGAACUUCAGAACAGUCCAGUGUUGGAACCCAACAUUCUUAUUCGGAAGAAGAAAAGUACGCCUUUGUGAACUGGGUUAACAAAGCCCUAGAGAAUGAUCCUGAUUGCCAACACGUGCUCCCAAUGAAUCCAGACACUGAUGACCUCUUCCAGGCGGUUGGUGAUGGCAUCGUGCUGUGUAAAAUGAUCAACUUUUCAGUGCCAGAUACAAUUGAUGAAAGAACAAUCAACAAAAAGAAGCUCACUCCAUUCACUAUACAGGAAAAUUUGAACCUUGCUUUGAACUCUGCCUCAGCCAUCGGGUGCCAUGUUGUUAACAUUGGGGCUGAAGACUUAAAAGAAGGGAAACCUUACCUGGUCUUGGGCCUCUUAUGGCAAGUUAUCAAAAUUGGCUUGUUUGCCGACAUUGAGCUCAGCAGAAAUGAAGCUCUGAUUGCCCUUCUGCGGGAAGGAGAGAGUCUAGAGGAUCUGAUGAAAUUAUCCCCAGAGGAACUGCUGCUGAGGUGGGCUAACUAUCACCUGGAGAACGCUGGAUGCAACAAAAUCAAUAACUUCAGCACAGACAUCAAGGACUCCAAAGCUUAUUAUCAUUUGCUGGACCAAGUUGCCCCAAAGGGAAAUGAAGAAGGUAUUCCAGCUAUUGCUAUUGACAUGACAGGAUUAAGGGAGAAGGAUGACAUCCAGAGGGCAGAGUGCAUGUUGCAGCAAGCAGAGAGAUUGGGCUGCCGGCAGUUUGUUACUGCCACAGAUGUAGUCCGUGGCAACCCCAAGUUAAACUUGGCUUUCAUUGCCAACCUUUUUAACAGAUAUCCUGCCCUCCAAAAACCAGAGAACCAGGACAUUGACUGGAGUUCUAUUGAAGGUGAAACAAGGGAAGAGAGGACAUUUAGGAACUGGAUGAACUCCUUGGGUGUUAGUCCCCGUGUCAAUCAUUUAUAUAGUGACCUGUCAGAUGCCAUGGUUAUCUUCCAGCUUUAUGAAAAGAUUAAAGUGCCGGUAGACUGGAGCAGAGUGAACAAACCACCAUACCCUAAGCUGGGUGGUAACAUGAAGAAGCUUGAAAACUGCAACUACGCAGUGGAUCUGGGAAAGAAUCAAGCCAAGUUUUCCCUCGUUGGAAUUGCUGGGCAGGAUCUCAAUGAAGGAAAUCGCACACUAACCCUGGCCUUGAUCUGGCAGUUAAUGAGAAGGUACACUCUGAGUAUCCUGGAAGAUAUUGGUGGUGGACAGAAGGUCAAUGACGACCUCAUUGUCAACUGGGUAAAUGAAACACUGACUGAAGCCGGAAAAAGUUCAGUCAUCAGUAGUUUCAAGGACAGCAAAAUCAGCACAAGCAUGCCAGUCCUGGAUCUCAUUGAUGCCAUUCAGCCAGGUUCCAUCAAAUACGACCUUCUGAAAACAGAGGACUUGAAUGAGGAAGAGAAACUUAAUAAUGCUAAAUAUGCCAUCUCCAUGGCAAGAAAAAUUGGAGCAAGAGUCUAUGCCCUUCCAGAAGACCUGGUUGAAGUAAAACCCAAAAUGGUCAUGACUGUGUUUGCUUGCCUUAUGGGAAAAGGAAUGAAGAAAGUUUAAGCCAUAAAAGACUGAUAUUCAUGACUGGUAUAUGCCCCCUGACUCCCUCAGACCGGACGUUCCUCAGACUCAGAUAUCAAGGAAAUAUGCUGUCUUGGUACUUUCCAACGCAUGAAUGCUAGACAAGGUUCCAAAUCAUACAAAAGAUGACAUGCAUAUCCAGCAAAACAAUCUACCAUGUUCUGUAUGGAACAGCAAUGUGCUUGAUUUCUUUGCCACAUUAUCCCCUUUGCUAGAUGUAGC